UAAAAGUUCUGAUAUCCAUAUUGGUGACUGCAGUAAUCUCCUUUCUGCUAUUUAUUUACAUAUUUCAAAAACUUUUGUUUGAAGUAGCUUAAGCCACAUUCCCUGGAGGUAUCUUCUCUGGGAUUUCUGAAGAGCAGAGAUCACGGCUCUUCUCGCACUGGUGAACAAGUUUCAUAGUGUCUGCCCACUGAACAAUUAGUAAGAAUCCUGAACUAAGACAACAUUUUGUAUUAAUAUUAGUAUUAAGCAAAGAACCUUAUUUUGGCCCCAAUUUCCAUUACACAGAAUCCCAGCUUCUCUUGACAUCAAGGUGACAUAGGCCCCUCUUCUUGCAUUGGUCCCAUUUUUCCUGUCUCAGGUUCUAGGUCUUAAUUAAGAUGCACAGACUUGAUGGAACUGUCUUCCUUGUGAGAUCAUUCAUCACCUGGGUUUAUGAGAAUGAGGAGUAAAGGAAGAUGGUGGAGGCAACACAUAAUAUCUAACAAAGCCAAUAUUAGAGUAUAUUUAGAAACCUAGGGUAGAAGAAGUAUGAAAGACAGCUGGCCCCUACCCAGUAGAUUGUGUUCGGCAGAGCAUGUAUGAAUGCCAUGUUCUCAGAACCGCAUAGGAAGUGUUCUAGGGUAACAGAAAUGGGGGCAGGCGGCAGUCAUGCAUGAGGCUUGGUGCUCUCUGGAUCAUUUGGGAGGUCGUGGGAAUCCCAUUAUGGAGUUGCGCUGAGAUUCUUACCUGCUCUGAGAGGAGCCCUUUAAGGGCAGGCAGUAGUGAGGACAUUAGUAACAGUAUCAGGCAUAAAAUCGUCCACAAAGACCUUGCUCUUAGAUUCAGAAGGACUCUCUGAAAACACUAAAAGAAUAUAUGUACUCUCUUUCUCCCUAAGAUCAAAACUGGAAAUUCUGUAAUACUGCUGCAAGGCACAAUAUGGUAAGACUCACUGUCAUUUACUGAGCAGUUAUUUCCUGCCAGUCACAGUACUUAGUACUUUAUAUGUAUCAUCUUAUUUAAUGCUUAUAACUUCUCAGUGAGGUAGGUGAUGUUAGUAAUGUCAAAUAACAUACGAAGAAACUAGAAAAUGAUUUAGCUGUACUGUUCAGUUUUCAAAUAUUCCCAGCCACUAGCAAUUAAAUUCUUGGUGUUUUUUUUUGUUGUUUUGUUUUUGUUUUUUUUUUUUUAAGUUUUCUCAUGAGCAAGGAAGCAAAACUGAAUGUGGUAGGUAGAAUUUGCAGUAGCCUUCAAGAUUCCUGCCCUCUAGUAUAUACUUUCUGUUUAAUAACCAUCCUUUGAGUAUGCCUGGGACCUGUUAAUACGAUGGAAUAUCACCCCUGUGACUGCAUUACAUAACAUUAUGUAAUAGUUUGUCAUAGCAAACUGGAGAGAGUUUAUCUCAUUGGUUUUGAAGAAGACACCUGUGGUGUUUUAAGAAGGCCAAGUAGCUAGGACUUUCUUGGACCUUGGGUGACGUCAGUAAGUCGAGAGUUAUAUGUCCUGCCAACAAACAGCAAGAAAACUGUGAUCUGAGUCCUAAACUGCAAGAAACUGAAUUGUGCCAACAACCACAAGAAGCUUGGAGAAUGAUCCCCAGCCCCAGAUGAGAUUGCAGCCCUUGGUGAUAUGUUGAUUAAAACCUGAUGAGAGCUAAACAGAGGGCCCAGCUGACCUGGGCGAUACAAUACAUUUGCAUGUUUUAUGCCAGUUAAGUUUGUGGUAAUUUAUACACCUAUCGAAAUAUAAGACAAUGUGUUUCUCCUAAUUUCUUCCACAUGUGUCUCUGUGUGUGCAUAUGUGAGACAGAGAGAGAGACUAGGAAAUCACUUUAUUGGUUUAUAAAGGAAGAUUUGUAACAAGCAAAGUCCACGAUAACUCCAGAAUUAUCUACCUGGUUGAUGCAGUUUCCACGUAGAGAAUGGAUUCUCAUUUCUCAAUUAAGUGCUAAAUGCUGCGUGCUCUUUAUAUCCCCAGAAGGAGAGAAACCAAGGGUGAGAAGAAAUGUCCAGCGCCAGCCUCGUGACAGCAUUCAUUCUCACGGGCCUUCCCCAUGCCCCAGCACUGGACGCCCCACUCUUUGGAAUCUUCCUGGUGGUUUAUGUGCUCACUGUGUUGGGGAACCUCCUCAUCCUGCUGGCGAUCAGGGUGGAUUCUCACCUCCACACCCCCAUGUACUCCUUCCUCACCAACCUGUCCUUCAUUGACAUGUGGUUCUCCACUGUCACGGUGCCCAAAAUGCUGAUGAGCUUGGUGUCUCCAAGCGGGAGGACUAUCUCCUUCCACAGCUGUGUGGCUCAGCUCUAUUUCUUUCACUUCCUGGGGAGCACCAAGUGUUUCCUCUACACGGUCAUGUCCUAUGAUCGCUACCUGGCCAUCAGUUACCCGCUCAGGUACACCAGCAUGAUGAGCGGGUGCUCGUGUGCUCUCCUGGCCACCAGCACUUGGCUCAGUGGCUCUCUGCACUCUGCUGUCCAGACCAUAUUGACUUUCCAUUUGCCCUACUGUGGACCCAACCAGAUCCAGCACUAUUUGUGUGAUGCACCGCCCAUCCUGAAACUGGCCUGUGCAGACACCACAGCCAUUGAGAUUGUCAUUUUUGUGACUGUUGGAAUAGUGGCCUCGGGCUGCUUUCUUCUGAUAGUGGUGUCCUACGUGUCCAUUAUCUAUUCCAUCCUUCGGAUCCACACCUCAGAAGGGAGAUGCAGAGCCUUUCAGACCUGUGCCCCCCACUGCAUCGUGGUCCUUUGCUUCUUUGGUCCUGGUCUUUUCAUUUACCUGAGACCAGGCUCCAGGAAAGCUGUGGAUGGGGUUGUGGCUGUUUUCUACACUGUGCUGACGCCCCUUCUCAACCCUGUUGUGUACACCCUGAGGAACAAGGAGGUGAAGAAAGCUCUGUUGAAGCUGAAAUACAAAGUAGCACAUUCUCAGAGCAAAUAAACACUAGGGAAUAAAUACCCUCAUUUUUUCAAAAUUAACACUAAAAUUCAUUGUUAACAUGAAUUUUAUUGCAUGAAUACCCCAUUCUGAGUGUUAAACAUUAUUCAAAACUACUGGCUCAGGAAUAUUUGCUUCACAGAGAUUUCUAAGGAAUUGCAAAGUCACAAUUAGAUUUCUUUUAGUUAUGAUGAAUGUGCAUAUAUUCUGAAUAUGGACUUGUUUCCUGCAAUAGGCUAAUUUCCCCCUUUUACAAAAAUAAAUAUUCCAAUUUAAUCUCGGAUACCAGGUUGAGUUAUUCA